CCGCCCACAUCCCACGCCAUGAGUCGCCGGGUGGUUCGGCAAAGCAAGUUCCGGCAUGUCUUCGGACAGCCGGUCAAAGCUGACCAGAUGUAUGAGGACAUCCGAGUCUCCAAGGUGACGUGGGACAGCUCCUUUUGUGCCGUCAACCCCAAGUUCCUAGCCAUCAUCGUGGAAUCGGGAGGAGGCGGGGCCUUCAUGGUACUGCCCCUGAGCAAGAUGGGCCGCGUGGACAAGAACGUCCCUCUGGUGACUGGACAUUCGGCCCCCGUGCUGGAUAUCGACUGGUGCCCCCACAACGACAACGUCAUUGCCAGCGCAUCGGAAGACACAACCAUCAUGGUGUGGCAAAUUCCGGAUUUCCUGCCGUUGCGUAACCUGACAGAGCCGGUGGUGACCCUGGAAGGGCAUUCCAAGAGGGUGGGCAUCCUGACUUGGCACCCUACUGCCCGGAACGUCCUACUCAGCGCAGGGGGGGACAAUGCCAUCAUCCUCUGGAACGUGGGCACAGGGGAGGCCCUCAUAACACUGGACGACCUGCACACCGACGUCAUCUACAGCGUCUGCUGGAAUCGCAAUGGGAGCCAGUUUGUCACCACCUGCAAGGACAAACGCCUGCGGAUCAUCGACCCACGGCAGCACCUGGUUGUGGCUGAGACCCUCAAGCCCCAUGAGGGGGCGCGUCCCGUCCGCGCCAUCAUCUUGGCCGAUGGCCGCGUCUUCACCACUGGCUUCAGCAAGAUGAGUGAGAGGCAGCUGGCCCUGUGGGACUUGAAGAACUUCGAGGAGCCCAUCGCCCUCCAGGAGAUGGACACCAGCAACGGGGUACUCCUCCCCUUUUACGACCCUGAUUCCAGCAUAGUCUACCUCUGUGGAAAGGGGGACAGCAGCAUCCGCUACUUCGAGAUCACGGAGGAGGCGCCCUACGUCCACUACCUGAGCACUUACAGCAGCAAGGAGCCGCAGCGCGGCAUGGGCUUCAUGCCCAAACGGGGGCUCGACGUCAGCAAGUGCGAAAUCGCCAGGUUUUACAAGCUGCACGAACGGAAAUGUGAGCCCAUCGUUAUGACUGUUCCCCGAAAGUCGGAUCUCUUCCAGGAUGACCUGUACCCAGACACCCCGGGUCCCGAGCCGGCCCUGGAGGCGGACGAAUGGCUGGCGGGGAAAGACGCAGAGCCCCUCCUGGUCUCCCUGCGGGACGGUUACGUCCCCCUCAAGAACCGCGAGCUCAAAGUCAGUAAGAAGAACAUCCUGGACAGCAAGCCCCCGGCCGGCACGCGCAGGACCCUCUCCAGCUGCGACUCCAAUUUUUCUACCUCCACCCUCGAAGACCUCUUGCAAGAAAUCCGCACUCUGCGCCAGACCCUCCAAGACCACGAAAAGCGCAUCACCGACCUGGAAAACACCCUCUGCGAACUCGCAGAUGUGACGGACUAGCCUCUUCCGUGCCCAGAAACAUUGCACCAUCCCGGAGGCCGGGCAUCUCCCCCAUCCAUCUGCUUCUUUCUCAGCUCAGUGGGCAUUUACAGGGAAUGCCCCUGGCUCUCCCUUUCUCGUCCCUUUCUCUCCAACCUGACUCUCCUCAAUUUUGUGACGGAAGCGAAGAAAACAUCUGCCGUGGACGCUC